UGCUUUGGGAAGACCGAGGAGACGACGACGAAGGAGAAUCGAGGCGACAACAACAAUGGCCUUCUCUCCUAAUCCUCUCUCGCUAAGCGUUCCCGAUCCUGCUUUCGAAUCUUGGCUCCGAGACUCCGGCUACCUCGAGCUUCUCGAUCACCGCACCUCCGCCGCAGCCGCCGCCGCCACGGCCUCGACCUCAUCGUCAUCCUCAGCUGCUGCACCUUCUUCGUCCUCUGACGAUGUUGUUUCCUCCAUAACCAGCGGCUUCUUCGCCUCUCUACUUUCUCGACUCGUCACUCUCUCUUCUCUUCUGACCAUCAAUCCCUUCUCCAAACUCUCCGCCGAUGACUUCUCAGGCGAUACGCCUCCGUGGACCACCGGAUUCUUUGGCACGUGUGACUCUUAUUCGUUCCCGUCGUCUUCUCAGCAAGCGAGAAUGAGAGUCCAUGAGAAUAUCAAACGAUUCGCCAGGAAUUACGCUACGCUCUUCAUCGUCUUCUUCGCUUGCGCAUUAUAUCAGAUGCCACUUGCAUUGGUGGGAUUGUUAGCAAGCUUAGCCCUUUGGGAGCUGUUCAAGUACUGCAGUGACAGAUGGAAGUUCGAUCGCCACCCUUCCGUUCGGAAACUUUUGAUCGGUAUUGGACAGUGCGCGACUGCAGUUCUUCUGACGUUUUUGAAUGUCCAAAUGGCUCUUUUCUCUGCUCUUGCAGUCAGUUAUUCAGUUAUGCUAUUACACGCUGGGUUCAGGAAGCUCACUCCCUCCAAGAAACCAUCUCGAGGAAGAUAAACCGCAUCAAGCGACUGGCCACAAGAGUUUUGGAUUUUGCAAUGAGGUUCAUCAACAAUUUUGGUAACCAAUAAACGUAGUGUUUGGUAGCUCAAACACAGAGAGAGACAGACAGACAGAGACAACAAGAACAACACCAGCUAGAUGGUAGAUUAAGAAAGUGUGAAUGUUAGAUAUCAUCUCAAAUCACAAAUUGUAAUAAUAAGUAAAAACGGAAAGUUUAUGAAUGGUGAGAAUAUAGAAUUCACUCAAGUAAAUGACACUGUUAUAUAGUAAACUAUUCUCUUGCCCCAAACUCAAGUAC